GUCACAUCCCCUUAACGACCUUUCCGAAGGGACGGCGCCUCGGAGGGUGGGAAACCGGAGGGGAUCCUGUCCUCUCUCCUUCCUGCCAGAUUAUCUCAUUCCAAGCCAUGAUAGUUCUGAGCUCCAGUCACCAGCAGUGAAAGGCCUGUACAAUGGCGCCCAGUGAAGUCGAGGAGUUCAGAACGGAUGGGGACAUUGUCAGCCCCACAGACCUGUCGGAGGUCCUGAAGGAAGGAACAAAGGAGUCGCACGACCGAGCAGAGAAUACUCAGUUCGUGAAGGACUUCCUGAAGGGCAAGAUUCAUCGAGAAUUGUUCAAGCUGGGCACGGUGGCCCUGUACUACACCUACAGUGCCCUGGAGGAGGAGAUGGAUAAGAAUGCUGAGCAUCCUGCCUUUGCUCCCCUGUACUUCCCCCUCGAGCUGCAUCGCAAGGAGGCUCUCGCCAAGGACCUGGAGUUCCUGUGGGGCCCCGGCUGGAAGGAUCAGAUCGAAUGUUCCGAGGCCACCAGGAGAUAUGUGGAGCGUAUCCAUCAUGUUGGGGAGCAUGAGCCUGAGCUGCUGGCUGCCCAUGCCUACACCCGCUACAUGGGGGACCUGUCUGGGGGUCAGGUGCUGAAGAAAGUGGCACAGAGGGCCCUGCGCCUGCCCAGUACGGGAGAGGGUGUCCUCUUCUACACCUUUGACAACAUUUCCAACCCUAGCCGCUUCAAGCAGUUGUAUCGCUCGAGGCUCAACAACCUGGAGACCAGCGAGCAGAGCAGGGAGAGGCUCGUGGAGGAGGCGAACCAGGCCUUUCGCUUUAACAUGGAGGUUUUUGAGGAGUUGGAUAAAAUUGGAAAAACCCUCAACAGAACAGGGCAAGAAGAUGGAAUCCCACUUCACGAUGGCAAAGGAGAUGCUCAAAAGUGCCCUUUCUAUGCUGCAAAAGGUAAUGAUGAAAUGGGGUGCCCACUUCACCAGGUGAUGGCUAUAGCACAAAGCUCACCUUUCCAGCUGGUGCUAGCUGUUCUUCUGGCACUUGUUGCCAGCUGGUAUCUGCUAUGAGGCUAACAGACAGUCCAGUGAAAGUGAUGCAAAACACCCCAACUCCUCCCCUCUUCCCAACUUUGUCCAAGGAGAGAUAUUUGUGCAACUGAGAUCCAGCAGGACUGGCAAUGAGAAAGUUUGGACGUCAGUUCCGUUCUCCCUUUAAACACAAUGGUUGGUCUUCAUCACUGUGGCCUAUUUGUUUAAUGUUCAAGUAAUUUCUACACUUGACAUAGUAACAGCAAGACCCCAUCAGCACUUACUUCCAUGAAUAUCAAAGCAUCUUCAGAUUUGCAUUUCCUGAAUUGUACAGAAUUCCCUCACCAUUCCAAGCUGCUCUUUGAGAAUGUUUCCAUUAAUUUUAUUGAAGGAGCACAGCUGUUUAUCAUUGACAAAACCCUUUACUGAGACAACAUGCCUACUACCCACAUAAUCCUCACUCAUGUAACAUGGGCUUUAGCCUGGCCAGAUAAGCCUGAAACCAUGGACGGUCCCCAGCAUCAAGUGGUUGGGAUAUUAUUAAAAUGUAAUGCUGAAUUUCCACUCACUGCAAUAAGUGAUUAAACCUGUAUAAUUUCAGUGGUCGUUCUUUACUCAGUGUAUUUAUGCAUGAAUAUUAAAUAUUCUAACAACC